CAGAGUCAACAGAGGAGUGCCAGAGCCUUGGCUGCUUGCUGCUGCUCUUCAGGAUGGUUUCUGGCAGAAAAAUUAAGCUGGUUUUCUUUGAGCUUCUUGAGUUUGCUGCCUUCUCCGUUCCUACCCUUGUGUUAAUGGAACAGUUUGCUGCUGCAUAUCAGAAAACAAGGAACGGAGCUGAAAGAACGCACUAUUGGCUCAUUGUUUCCUGCUCCAUUGCCUAUGUGGCUGCAGUGAGUCUCUUGAUCUGGGUUCCGAUAAAAGUUAUCUUAUUCAAGAAGCGGCAUCUUUACAAAAACAUUGUAGGAUGGAGACCUGUUCUGAUGAUGUGUGUGGUGCUCACCACUCUUCCCAGCUUCAGCUUUUCCAUAGCAGCCACCGAGAUUCAAAAGGAUGCCAACGGAACAGUUCCAGUUUUACCGACUGGUCCCUUGCUUGACCUGCCAGUGUCUCUGAUUCUAUUGUCCCUGAUUGUGGUUGAUAUUAUUGAGAGACUCAGGAUAUAUCCUUUAAGAGGGCGUCAAAUGAGUUAUGAAGACGAAAACAUCUAUGUAACAUCUUUGCAGCAGAUAAAAACCGUGGCAGAACAGGUGAAACGUGAUGAGAAUCCUGUACCUGCCCAGACAGCCAAGCCUACCAUGAUGUCCCUACCUCACAACAACACGGAUGCACUGGCGGGGCCCAUAGAGCCCUACUUUGACUCUGGAUUCCGGAGAACAAUGUCUCACAGAGAUGUCCGGGCUGAGCUGUUUCUGAGAAGCUUCCUCACAUGGUCAGACACUAUAGAAAUGAUGCGUGUGGCUGGGCUCCCAGAGGUGUACAGCUCGGGCUGGGUGUACCCGGUCUACAUAUUCAGUUUUAUAUCUCUCCUUCGAAUGGUCUUCACACCUAAGAACCCUCUUCUCGGCUUCCUGGGGGUCCUGCUGCAGGAUUUUCCCUUUAUUUUCCUUAGACUCAGCUUAAUCGUUACCCUGGGGACGAUCACGCCAGUACUGGGCCUUUGUAAAAACAUCCUAGUGACUAUCUCCUAUAUCUACUUCAAUCAUUUAACCAAGCUCAGGCCUUUCUCAGCCUUUGAAACCUCUCCAUUUUAAGCAGCCAAUGUUAAGAGUCAGCCCUCUUGAUUGUAAAGUCUUUCCAGGUAUAAGCUGUUGCACCAUAUAGAAUUAACCACUUCCAAACCCUAAAUACAUCUAAAUGGUGCUACAUUGAAACAAAAUCAUAAUCUUCCCAAUUGCCUCUUCCGGGCUUCUAGAAACCUUAGUCGUUGAUUUUAGUCAUGUCUGUUCCACUUUUUGCUAGAAAUAACUCUCAAUAAAGCCUUUUUAAGUGGUGGGAACCGUGAGCUAGCUUAAGAAUGAGAUUUUUAUCACAUGUACAUUGAAGAACAUUUCAUGGCUUAAUAUGGCUUAAUUAACUGAAAUUAUUGAAAAACAUAGCCUGAAGAUAUUGAAUAGACUUUAGAGUUUGCUUGAAAAUCUGAAAACUGUAGCUUUAGGGUCUCCUUCAAAACAUUCAAUUACUCCCACUGCCCCCCAUGUGUGUGUGCGUGUUUUGUUUUCAGCAGUGAGGACUGAACCAGGGCCCUGGGCACACUAUUUUAGCACUCUACCAAUGAGCUGCAUCCUUAGUCUUAGAAAUACAUUAUUUUUUUGCCCUACUACAGUGACCUCUAUUCAACUCAUUGUGUAAAAAAGCAAAAAAAAAAAAAAAAAAAAAAAAAAAAAAAAAAAAAAAAAAAAAAAAAAAAAAAAAAACCAAAAACACAGAAAACAGGGGACUUCAGCUGAUGCCAGCAUAGCAGGGCUUCAUUAACGCCUCUCAGGCUGGUAUGCAGGGCAGUGCUUCCGUGUUGAGUGUAAUGGAGACAAGGUGCACUGUGAUUCCUAGAUAAAGUUUAUAAUGGAAACCAUAAAGCAAAGACAAAGUGUAAACAGGUAAUAUUUAUGGAAUUUGAUGCCGUCAUAAAAAAAAUAUCCAGUACAAGCCAUAUUGAAAACGAUAGCUUGAACUUAGUGCGUUGGUAAAGGCAUGUUAUCUUGCACUAGGUCAUGAAUAUCUUUGUGCUUUAUGAUCAUGAUACAGUCAUGAGCUCUGCACAUGCUCUGCUGGCACAGAUGUUGCAGCCACAGCAGAGGGUCUCAGUUACGAGAGGGUUGUAAGAGGGUUAUGUGUGCAGGGCAAUGACUCACGUCACCAGCUCCUUCUUGAUCCAUGGAAACAAGAAGCUUAUGAAUACAUGGAGAAUCUGAGUGUUCCUGGCCUCUGCACUGAGGUCCAUGGGCACUUUCUCCAGUGUCUCAUGGUUAUCACACUGCAGAACAAGUCUACGUGUAAUUAUUAAGACUUGCUUGCUCUCUCUGUCAUUUGGGGCUGGUUCCUUGAGUGCUAUCCUUGAAUAGAUGAACACAAUAUAAAUACUUCUGUAACAGUGUUGAGUGAUUGGAGGAUUUGGAACAAUCUUAACACAGUGUUUGGUAAAUAAUAACACCUUAGUGGAUGCUAAGACAUAUUCCUGCCCACCCUCUUGAUGGAGGUGGGUCUUGUAUCUUAUCAGUUGCUUUCAUUGGUUAACUAAUAAAGAAACUGCCUUGGCCCUCAUAGGACAGAAAAUUAGGUAGGCAGGGUAGACAGAACAGAAUGCUGGGAGAAAGAAGCUGAGUCAGGGAGUCGCCAUGAUUCUCCCACUCCAGACAGACACAGGUUAAGAUCUUUCCUGGUAAGCCACACCUCGUGGGCUACACAGAUUAUUAGAAAUGGGUUAGAUUAAUAUGUAAGAGCUUGCCAAUAAGAGGCUGGAACUAAUGGGCCAGGCAAUGUUUAAAAGAAUACAGUUUCCGUGUAAUUAUUUCGGGGCAUAAGCUAGCCAUGUGGGCGGCCGGGUGCCGGGGACUCAGCCCUGCCACUCCUAACACAACACCCUCUGGGAAUAAUAGUUUAUACCUAGCGUUUGGGAGACAUAACAUGUAAGAUCUUCAGGUUACCCCGACUACUAGUUCUUUUUAAUCAGUUACUCUUGUAGUCAGUUGUGAAUGAUCUGUUAAAUAUUUAGAUGGAAGUGAGGGUGAGAAUUCAUUCUUCCAUUUGGACAGAACUUUUAUGAGUUUUCAAAUAACCCAGACUAUACUACUUUGUUCCUUUCUUUUAUUUUCAUGUUUUAUUUUGGAGUCAGGGUCUCAGUACAUAGCCCAGACUGUUCUGAACUCACUGUGUAGCUCAGCUUAUAGGAACUCUCCUCACCCUCCUGCCUCCACCUCCCCAAUGCUAGAAUUACAAGUAUGUGCCAUCCACCCAUCACAGGGUCUUUUUAUUUUGCAUUGCUGAGGGUUAAACAUGGCCUCUCAAGCUUCCCAGUACCAUAUAAUAAGCCAUCGGUCACUAAGCCAAACCCCUAGACUGCACUUUUUGUUUUUGAAAGCAUUUGAUUAUAUAUUUACUUUUCUUGGUUCCUCCUUAACUUGUCACACUUGUAAGAGAAAGCCCGAGGGCGACAUAGUUAGCCACACCUCUAUCUCCACCAAUAUAUCUAACAUAAAAUGCAUACUGUAUAUAUUUUAAAAGUAAGAAAGGCCUAUAACCAAGUGACUAAUUUACAAUAUCCAUAAAUGUGAAACUCAUUAUAUCAAUGUAUAUAUCUUUAAUUUGUAAAAAUACAGUGAAUGGCACUCAGUAUACUCUGAAGUAUUCCAUGAGCUUAACCUGCAUUUUGUAUCUGACAUCAGAACAUGAAUACGCCUGAUAUCUGGGGGUGUGGGCAAUCCUUGAUACAGAUAAUGAAGGCAUGUACAACAGAUCAUGUAAGGCAGGAAAAGCCUUGAAUCUCUAACCUA